AUGUCGAAGGAAUAUAAAGGCGUUGAAGACCUAGCCCCUGUCCAGACUACAGACAAGGGCGAAAUGGUUAAUGUCCAACGUUCUGCGAGCACCGUGAGCGUACAUGACGCUGUCUUUGGGGAGGUAACAGAGGAGGGGCCCAACUAUCGCAACGUGGGUUGGUUGGGUACGGUUGCUCUGAUGAUGAAGACCCAAAUCGGCCUCGGUGUGCUUUCUAUUCCAGCAGUCUUCGACACGCUAGGGUUGAUUCCUGGUGUUAUCUGCUUGCUAGCCAUUGCCAUCAUUACCACAUGGUCCGACUAUAUGGUGGGAGCUUUCAAGCUUCGACAUCGUGCAGUCUAUGGUAUUGACGAUGCCGGCGGCUUGAUCUUUGGACGUCCCGGCCGUGAGGUUCUUGGAAUUGCUUUUUGCCUGUACUGGAUCUUUGUUGGCGGCUCCGGCAUGCUCGGUCUCUCCAUCGGGCUGAACGCAGUCUCGACCCAUGGUGCCUGUACUGCUGUGUUUGUCUUGGUGGCGGCGAUUGCAGGAUGCUUGUUGGGGAGCAUUCAGACACUCGGCCGAAUUUCAUGGCUCGCCUGGGUUGGUCUCACCUCCAUCGUCACCGCAAUCUUGACUGUGACCAUCGCUGUCGGUGUGCAGAGUCGACCCGCCGAUGCCCCUCAAGUGGGACCGUGGUCUUCCGACUACAAGUUGUUCAAGAACCCGAGCUUCACCGAUGCUAUAUCUGCGAUAUCCUCCCUAGUGUUUGCAUAUGCCGGCACUCCUGGCUUCUUUGCCAUUGUGUCAGAGAUGCGCAACCCGAAACACUACACCCGUGCGCUGUUGAUCUGCCAAUCUGGCGUGACAGCAACAUACAUCACAAUUGGCGUGGUUGUCUACUACUACUGUGGAUCAUAUGUUGCCUCUCCAGCUCUGGGCUCCGCAGGCGCACUCAUGAAGAAGGUCUGUUACGGCCUCGCCAUUCCCGGAUUGCUGGUGUCCACGACGCUUUUCAUCCAUCUAGCUGCCAAGUACAUCUUCAUCCGCGUCUUCAGACAGUCUCGACAUCUCACGUCCAAUACCAUGGUCCACUGGUCCGGCUGGAUCGGAUGUACCUUCGGCGUCACCGUGAUUUCCUACAUCAUCGCCAGCGCCAUCCCCGUAUUCGGCGGUCUUGUGUCGCUGAUCGGCGCCCUCCUCGGUACACUACUGUCGUUUCAGCCCAUGGGUUUCAUGUGGCUUUACGAUCAUUGGGGUCUGCCCAAGACCGAGCGCGGCCGCUGGUGGACGUUUAUGGUCGGAUGGAGCAUCUUUGUCAUCGUCUCUGGUACUUUCCUCAUGGUCGGCGGUACCUACGGAUCCAUUGUUGGUAUUAUCGACUCAUACAAGGCGUCCGGCGGGUCCGCGGCCUUCUCAUGCGCCGACAAUUCAAACUCGGUACAUUGA